ACGAUUGGGAGUUCACGUGUAAAGUAGUUACACAUGGUGUGAAGUAUUAAUUCUGUAUUUCAGUUAAAUUAAAGAGUAAACCAAAAUGAAACUCAAAAAUUUACUUGUAAAUCCUUUAAGUCGAGUUCGAAAAGAGAAAAGUGAAGAAGAAUCGAAUACUUUAGAAAACAAAACAUUAGAGGUUAAUUUACCAUCAAGCAGCAAUUUUAAUCACAUAAAAUGCAAAAUAGUUCGGCAUCAAAAAUGUCAGAAAUUAAUGAAAGAAAAAGCAAAAGCCAAAAAGGAAGCUAGGAAAAAGAGAAUUCAAGAAGGUGGUCCAAAGCAAGUUCCACAUACUAUCGAAAGCUUAAGGGAGAAAGAUGAAACUACUAUCACUGGUGAUCUUGAUGAUGAAGAGAAUGAAGAGCUUAAAACUGAUUUCGAACAUGACGAAUUUGCUGCCUAUUAUAGGCAUGCAUAUGAGCCUAAAGUUUUAAUUACCUAUUGUGACAACCCAACCAGAAAAACUAGAAUUUUUGGUAGAGAACUAACAAGGAUAAUACCAAAUUCUAUUUCUUUAUAUAGAAAUCGUUCUAGUGUAAUGAAAAUGGUUAAAAGUGCAACUGCAAGAAACUUUACUGAUAUUAUAGUUAUUAAUGAGGAUCAAUGCAAACCCAAUGGUAUGUUAAUUAUUCAUCUACCUGAUGGACCAACAGCAUUAUUUAAACUUAGCAAUGUUAAGAUAACACCAGAAUUAAAACGUAGUCAUAAAGAAAUUUCUGGACAUAGACCAGAAGUUAUUUUAAAUAAUUUUACUACCCGCUUGGGUUAUACAAUUGGUAGAAUGUUGGGAGCACUGUUUCAUUAUGAACCUGAAUUUCAAGGCAGAAGAGUCGUAACAUUCCAUAAUCAAAGAGAUUAUAUAUUCUUCAGACAUCAUAGAUAUCAGUUUGACAUUAAAAGAAGUAAACCAAAACUGAGAGAAUUAGGACCCAGAUUUACCUUAAGAUUGAAAUCAUUGCAGCAUGGAACAUUUGACAGUCAACAUGGAGAAUAUGAAUGGCUUAUACAAGGAAGAAGACAUGAUAUGGAAACUAGUAGAAGAAAAUUCUUCUUAUAA